AUGCCUCCAAUACCAACAAAUCUCACAAUUGUGACAGAAUUUAUCCUCAUGGGAUGUUCUACCAACAAAAAUAUAUGCAUUUUUCACUUAGUGCUCUUCUUUUUUAUUUACUUCUGUGCUCUGAUGGACAAUAUUCUCAUCAUCAUGACCACAACUUUGGACCAGAAUCUCCACACCCCCAUGUACUUUUUUGUGAAAAAUUUAUAUUUUGGGGAUCUCUGCCUAAUUUCAGUCACCAUUCCCAAAUCUAUUGCCAAUUCCUUUUCUCAUAGUAACUCCAUUUCACUCACUGGCUGUGUUGCCCAGGUCUUUAUGUUGGUUUUUUCAGCAACUACAGAACUACACCUCCUGACGGCAAUGUGCUUUGAUCAUUAUGCUGCCAUAUGCCACCCCCUGCACUAUGAAAUCAUCAUGAAAAAAGACAUGUGUGUUCAGUUGACAGCCAUAUCAUGGCUGGGUGGGAGUCUGAUUGCUCUGAUGCACACAGUUGGUACCUUCUCUUUAUCCUAUUGUGGGUCUAACAUAAUCCAUCAGUUUUUUUUUUUUUUUUGUGACAUCCCCCAGUUACUGGCUAUUUCUUGCUCAGAAAAUUUAAUGAAAGAAAUUGUACCUAUUCUCAUUAGUGUGGUGUUGGAUAUCUGCUGUUUUAUUUACAUCAUAAUUUCCUUUGUGAACAUCUUUUCCACUGUGAAAAAGAUUCCAUCAACAGAAGGUCAGUCAAAAGCAUACUGUACUUGCCUUCCACAUCUGGUUGUUGUAUUAUUUCUCUUCACUGACAUCUUUGCUUAUCUGAAACCAACUUCAAGGAUUCCUUCCAUUAGUGACCUUUUAAUUUCUAUAUUCUACACAAUGGGGCCUCCAACCUCCAAUCCCAUUAUAUACAGUCUAAGAAAUAAUGCCAUGAAAAUGUCACUGCAGAGAACAGUUUUAGGUUAA